GACGAAACUGUUGCGAUUGGGAGGGGACAAGACAAGCUGGUCUAUGACUUUAUGAAAUGUUGCAGGGAAUAUAAAAGCUGCAGAAACCAUAAUGGCUGUAAACCUCACCGAAGUGGAUCCCAGUGACGAAGAAGAGUGCAAGCUAGCAGAGGCUGCUCUAGCCUGUUAUGAAUCAGGAUGUCUUACUCCACUGAUCAAAGAAGAAUUGAAGUACAAAAUACAUACAAGACGGAUGGAACAGGGCAAAGGGGAACUUCAGGUCCAGUUCACUGCCCCGGACAGAUCUGAGCUGACAGCAGAGGAAGUUCUGAAGUCAGACAGAAGACGACAACAAAACCGACAAGCAGCACGAACGUUUCGCGAACGGAAGACGACAUCGGCAGCUACUAUGAAUAAUACGUUGCAGAAAUUACAAACUGACAACGCUCGACUUAACGCUGACAUUGAAAGACUCGUCAUGGAAAAGGAAUUUUGGCAAGGAAAACUAAAUACACUGCUGCUUAGUACAAUAGAGGGUUAUUUAGACUCGUGAUAUUGAGACCCAAAACAACAUCAGGAUGUUCAGUAUGUGCUUCAAACAUAAUGACCUUAAGAUAUGUGGUAGACACGACAUUGCAUCAAACUUCUACGGUCUUUAUUGGCCAUUAAUCCCACUCGGAAUCUUACUAACGGAUUUUACUGACGAUUUGUCAAACGUGCAUCAUGUCUCUAGUCCGAUGAAGUAUUAUCAUUGUGUGGAACCGUAUUCAGGUAUUUUACACAUGCGGGGAGGAGUGUCUUUGCAUAUAUAGAACCUCCAGAGUUAAGAGACUUUAGUUCCCGAACAAAAUCAGCAAUGUCGAAGGUUCUGGAUCGAUCAAUGUAUAAAAUAAUAUAAACACAGCUCGUGAGUAACAUACGAUAUGUAAAUGUUGUAGAUUGGUGUUGCCUUGAUCAAUCAGACUUCACUAUGACCUUACAAAUACAUAC